UAUCAUUAAACAUGGCACUUCAUGCAUAAAAAAAAAAAAAAUCAAAAUUCAAUAUAGUCACACAAAAAUUAAAGUUUUGCAUGCAACCGUUUCUUUAAUUUCUUGCAUCACCAUUUUUGGCGGAUACCAAUUCAAUUAUUAUAUAUACUCAAAAUUCCACAAAAGCCAAAUUAAUUAGAAAGAAAUCAUACACACACAAGCACAUACACCCUCUUAGAUUGUUCAUUUUCUUCUGCCAUCUUUUAGAUAUGGGGUCUUUUGCCAUAUCUAGUGUUGUGAUGGUUGUUGUUCUUGUUUUUUAUGUUUUUGUGGAGACAAAUGGAAGUGUAGGAGGGUGUGACUUGUUUCAUGGUAGCUGGGUUUUGGAUGAAUCAAAUUCAUACCCACUUUAUGAAAUAUCAAAAUGUCCAUUUAUUGAGAAAGAAUUUGAUUGUAUAAAUAAUGGUCGUCCUGAUCAAUUCUAUCUCAAGUAUAGAUGGCAGCCCACUGCUUGCAACUUACCAAGAUUCAAUGGGUAUGAUAUGUUAACAAGACUUAGAGGGAAGAGUAUAUUAUUUGUGGGGGACUCAUUGAGUUUGAAUCAAUGGCAAUCACUCACUUGCAUGCUUCACACAGCUGUGCCACAAGCUGAGUACACUUCUCUCAGAAAUGGAGAUCUUUCUACCUUCACCUUCCCGAGCUUCGAUGUUAAGGUGAAGUUUUCUCGGAAUGCAUUUUUGGUAGAUACAGUGAGUGAAAGUAUUGGUCGAGUUCUUAAAUUGGAUUCAAUGGAAGCUGGAAAAUUUUGGGAAGGAAACGAUAUAUUAAUAUUCGACUCUUGGCAUUGGUGGCUUCACACCGGAAGAAAACAACCGUAUGUAUACAGAAUAAGAUGGGAUUUCAUUCAAGAAGGAAAUAAUACAUAUAGAGAUAUGGAUCGUUUGGUUGCAUAUACGAAAGCCUUAAGAACAUGGGCCAAAUGGAUUGAUGACAACGUUGACCCCACCAAAACUAGGGUGUUCUUCCAAGGGGUCUCCCCAGAUCAUGCCGAUGGAUCACAAUGGGGGCAAUCAUACCCAAAAUCUUGUGAGGGGCAAAGUCGUCCAUUGAGUGGAAGUAACUACCCAGGUGGGCCACACCCAGCAGAGACAGCCUUAAAGGGUGUGCUUUCAAGUAUGACUAAGGCUGUGUACUUGCUUGACAUAACUGAAUUGUCACAACUUAGAAAAGAUGGUCACCCUUCUGUUUAUGGCCAUGGCGGCCACCGUGACAUGGAUUGUAGCCAUUGGUGCCUACCUGGUGUUCCUGAUACUUGGAAUCUUCUUUUCUAUGCUGCUCUCUUUCAAACUUAAUUUCUCAGAAUAAUAGUAAUUCUUAUAUAUGUGUAUCAAGGAUUUAAAUUAAAUAAUUCAUCAUAUGAAUGUGUUUUUAAAUUAAUUUUGUUGUAUCACUAGACAAUUCAACUGCGAUUAGAGAUGAUAUGAUACAACAGAUUUUUGCA